AUGACGUCAACAUCCGACAUCGUGGAGCGUCUCUCCAAAUGGUCAAGCUGUGAUAUCUCGGAUGGCCUCUCCAAGCUUGGCCGUGCUGACGGAGGCUUCCUAGAGGGACUCGUGCUUUACUCGCCAGAGUACCAAGCUGGGAAGACCAAGAUUGUCGGACCCGUCUUUACUGUCAAGUUUGCUCCCAAGAGCGACUCAUCUGCGCCUAAGGUCAAGGGCAACUACAUCGACCAGAUCCCCAAGGAUUCUGUUGUCUUCAUCUCACAGCCGGCUCCGCAUGUGAACGCCUGUUAUGGCGGUCUCAUGUCGUUGAGAGCCCAGAUCCUCGGGGCCAAGGGGGUCGUAAUUGACGGACAUCUUCGCGACCUCCAAGAGCACAGAGAUCUUGGAUUUCCGCUGUUUGCGAGAGGCACUGGCACUACGGCCGGUGGUGCUGUAUGUUUCCCAUCUGAAAUCAACGUCGAUGUGAAGCUUCAGUCUGCCAAGCAAGAUGCCACAAUUAGCCCGGGAGGAUACAUCAUCGCCGAUCUUGAUGGCGUCGUGUUCUUGCCCGGCGAUCUGGCCGAGCAGGUCCUUGAGAAGACCCCUGGGCUCGCUGCUGCAGACGACAGGUGUGCUGAGGCUAUCCGUGGUGGCAUGUCUGUACAGGAGGCGUUCGCGGCCUUCAGGGGUAAAUAG